AUGUUCUUGGCUGCUGAAAGACGAGUUUUUUCAAAACCUGCUUCUCGCCCUGAGCUGAGCCCUACCACAAGAAUACUGAAUCCCACCACUACUGAGCACGACCUGAUUGAGGCGCGGAUCCGUCUUUUACCUUUUAUUACUGUAUUUUUCUGGGAAAGGGGCUUGAAGGAAUGCAAUCUAUCUGAUAUUGGGAAGCAGGUAGCGAGAUGCGGAAGUGGUAAGAUCGAGGGAUACAUCCAAAGCAAGGAAGCGAACCCACAGACACCGGUUAUGAAACCAGGUACCCUUACCAAAGUGAAUAAGUAA